UUUUCAAAUCUCAUACCGAAAUAUAUGAACUCGACUCGGUUAUCUUUUUUACGAACCCCACCCCCGCCAUUUUCAAGCUCCGAUUCGCAGACGCAGAGUCGUCGGGCCUGCUCCUUCUCUCUCACGGAUCGUCGUAUUCGGAACCUCCAUUUUUGCUCGCUCAAGGUGUCAUUACUGGAAGCUGAAGCAAAUUGUAUCUUCGUCUAAUUACCGUCUACCUCUCUCCCAUUUUAUCCAGUUGUUAGGGUUUCUGUUCUCCUCAUUCGGUAACCAAUGUCGAUCAAUCUCACGCCCAACUCAAUAGCCGCCAUCAACGGCGGCGACUUGAACUUGAAACCGCUGGUUCAGGUUCUGGACAUCAAGCAGAUAGGCACCUCCCAGGAGCGGUACCGGCUACUCAUCUCCGAUUCCGUCUCCACUCACCACGCGAUGCUCGCCACGCAGCUCAACGACCGCGUCAAGACCGGCCGCGUCAAGAAGGGAUCCGUUGUUCAAUUGAUUGAUUACAUGUGCAGCGAUGUUCAGAAUCGCAGGAUUGUGGUUGUGCUGAAUAUGGAAACUAUAGUCCUAGAUUGUGAUAUUAUUGGAAACCCUAAAUUGGGUGAUAUGACUGCUCAGAAGACAGUUUCCAAUCUCAAUUCAGCGCAACCAGGCAGGUCUGUCUACGACAAUCGUGGUAAUAUUCAAAGUUUUCGUCCUGCAUUCAAUGCUCAAAAUCCAGGAAGCAACAAUAUGCAAGGCCUGCAGACUAAUCCUUUGCUCCAAAGUCAAGGUAUGCAAGGUUCGCGCCCUAUGUUGAUGGUUCCAAAUGGAAGCAAUGGUGUACUGAGAUCAGCUACUGGGAAGAAUAAUAAUAAUACACAGACUUAUGCACCUACAGUUCAACCUGCAUACCAACCCCCUCCAAGUUAUAGAAACCAAGGGCCAAUUAUGAAGAAUGAAGCACCAGCUCGAGUGAUUCCAAUUUCUGCUCUGAAUCCGUACCAGGGACGAUGGGCUAUCAAGGCCCGAGUGACUGCAAAAGGCGAUCUACGUCGUUACAACAAUGCCAAGGGAGAUGGCAAGGUCUUCUCCUUUGACCUUCUUGAUUCUGAUGGAGGGGAAAUUAGAGCCACCUGCUUCAAUGCUGUUGUUGACCGCUUCUAUGAUGUUAUAGAGGUAGGGAGAGUCUACUUGAUCUCGAAGGGUGGUCUGAAGCCAGCUCAGAAGAAUUUCAAUCAUCUAAAGAAUGAAUGGGAGAUAUUUCUUGAGGCAGCUUCGACUGUCGAUCUUUGUCCUGAAGAAGAUGGUGGUUCUAUACCACAGCAACAGUUUGAUUUUAAGCCAAUCAGCGAGAUAGAGAGUGCUGAAAACAAUUCCAUACUCGAUAUAAUUGGCAUCGUGAUAUCUGUGAAGCCCUCAGUCCCUAUCCUGAGAAAGAAUGGCAUGGAGACUCAACGAAGAACUGUGGGUAUGAAGGACAGUUCAGGUAGAAGUGUUGAGCUUACUCUUUGGGGAGAUUUCUGCAAUAAGGAAGGUCAGAAUCUGCAAGAGUUGGUUGAUUCGGAGAUGUUUCCUGUUUUAGCUGUCAAAGCAGGAAAAGUCAGUGACUUCACCGGGAAAUCAGUGGGGACAAUUUCUUCUACUCAGCUGUUCAUAAAUCCAGACAUUCCCGAAGCUCAUGUCCUGAGCGAUUGGUUUGCCCGAAUUGGCCAGAACUCUGCUGCUGUGUCAAUUUCCAGGGACGUGGUGCCUUCAGGGUCCAAGAACGAGAUCAGGAAAACUGUAUCUCAAAUCAAAGAGGAAGGUCUUGGAAGAUCAGACAAGCCAGACUGGGUCACCGUGAAGGCUACCAUAACCUAUUUCAAACUGGACUCGUUCUGCUAUCCAGCUUGUCCAUUGAUGAUAGGGGACAGGCAGUGUAACAAGAAGGCGACGAGAUCAGGAACACGAUGGGUAUGCGACAGAUGCAGUCAAGAAUUCGAUGAAUGCGAUUACAGAUACCUGCUGCAGUUUCAGAUUCAGGACCACACAGGGUUAGCUUGGGUUACAGCAUUCCAGGAGUCCGGGGAAGAGAUCAUGGGUUACCCGGCGAAGGAAGUAUACCAACUGAAGCACGAGGCACAGGACGAGGCGAGACUUUCAGACGUUUUCAGAAGCAGGGUGUUCUACCCUUACCUUUUCAGGCUCAAGAUCAAAGAGGAAAUGUAUGCCGAUGAAACGAAGGUGAAGAUCACCGUCGUCAGGGCUGACAAGAUCGAUUACUCGUCGGAGACCAGACACAUGCUCGACACGAUUUCCAGAUUCCGCAGGUAUUGAAUUCUCGAACACGUUUGAUUCUCGACAGAGGCUGGAGCAUUAUUGCCCUCAUCAGACUAGGGCAUUUGAGUUUCACACUUCGCUUACAUAUAUAUAACCAUUAGUUAGAUUAUCAUUUACCUUCGAGGCAGAAACAUUAUUAUCAUGUAAUAGCCAAUACCCAAUAGGCAUUAGGCAGAGAAGAUGAACGAUUGUUUUUUACUUAGAAAGGAAACCAUGCAGAUUACAUUGAGAGCAUUAACAGUAGAAAUUAUUACAAAAAGCAAACUGCGGCCCUCUUCUUCCCUCUCAGCUCCGCUUGACAGGGUCGAAAUUGGAGACGCCAACUAUGGCGCCGAUGAUGGCGGUGAGCACGACGCCGCCGGCGAUGAUGCUGAGCAAGAAGUUCUUGAGCGAGGGGCUGACCUCAGCGGCUUCCGCCACGUCGGGGAUGACCAUGGAAGCAGUAAGGGCGGCGGCCGUCAAUCCGGUGACGGCCUUCUCCUUCAGGGAAGCCCUGACGACUUGGGAUCUGACCCUUCCGGCGCUGGAUGAUGAUGGGCUUGCCGGUGGCAGAGGCUUGAAGGACAAGAAACCCUGCGAAGGAGAAAGCAGCGCCGCCGCCUUCUGGUUGGCGUAGGUCAGCGGCAUGGACAUUGACACGGCUGAAGUAGAAGCGGCCAUGUUUGGUUGUGUUGGUUUCUUACUGGUGUCUCUUCUUCUAAGGGUUUGAUUGGGGAGUUUCUUCUCUCUCGCUGAGGAACAAAAGACGGGGGGAGUGAAGAGGGAGCUGUUUUUUCUAGUUUAGGAUGCGGAGAAAUGAGAGGUAGGAAACUGACACUGAGAUCUCGAUUGUGUGUCCUACGUGGCAACCUCUCCGUUGGGGAGUGGUGGAUAGGGUUAUCUUCCUUGGCCUAAUCACCAUCACAUUCGUUAAAGUGGGAGAAUUUUCGCCUUCGGUUUGGGCUUCAUUUUUCCGUAGAUUGGGCUGGCAAGUUCGGUGCCAAAGAAAAGAGGACCCUCUCGAGCC